AUGAAGUUGGUAAUCCAGCGGGUCACAAGAGCCAGCGUUCAAGUGGACCAGAAGUUGGCGUCCAAGAUUGGCAGGGGCCUGCUGGUGCUGCUGGGAAUCGAGCAGGGUGCGUCUCGGAUCGAGUGCGCGCGGUGGUUGUUCGACGGUUUCUAG